GCGAAAGACUGAACACGAGGGAGUGCAUUGUGCUUUACUGACGAAACGUCAUGAGCGCGCUUCCGUAGACUGCUGAUUUAUUAUCGGGCGCGUUCAUCACUGAGUCCGCGAACGAGAGUUCCCGUAUUGGUGCUCUUAUCUCGCCACACUCUUACGACUGCUGUGGCAGCCGGUGUAUAACCCAGGGUACUUCAAUCGAGGCCGUUCACAGAACAGUGAAAGUAGGAAGGACGUGAGCUUGGACAGGAACAUCAGCAUGACUGACCCACAAGAAAAAAAGGCCUCCCAGCAGGCCCCUCGUGGUCCAACCACAGUGAUAGAGGAUAAUGUGGUGCGAUCCGCUGCUCCGCAACCUCUGAUUCCCGACUGUGACUUCCCCACGUGCUUGCGGAAAGCAUGGAAGGAGUUCGCCGACCGGACAGCACUGAUCGAGAAUAGCACGGACGAGCGAUGCACCUAUGGAGAGCUGGAAGAGCUGUGCUCCCGCGUCGCUGCCGGCCUGCGUAGCCUGGGCUUCGGACCAGGAGACAUGGCGGGCUUCCACUGCGUCACCAGCUUGGACGCCAUCAUCGCCUUCUACGGCGUUGUGUUCGCAGGAGGCCGCGUCGUGCUGGCGAAACCCAAUCUUUCGGAGCGUUAGUGAAGCAGACUUGUUCUUG